CGGGAAUGAAACGCUCCAUCGAAAUGGUCGGCGACGACCCCGAGAGCGACGACAUGCUUCGAAUCACCCCGCUCGGCGCGGGAUCCGAGGUCGGACGCUCGUGCGUGAUGGCGACGUACAAGGGCAAGUCCGUGAUGUUCGACUGCGGCGUCCACCCCGGGUACGCCGGGAUCGCGUCGCUGCCGUACUUCGACGAGGUGGACCUCUCCACCGUGGACGCGCUGCUCGUGACGCACUUCCACCUCGACCACUGCGCGGCGGUGCCGUUCCUCGUCGGGCACACGAACUUUAAGGGGCGGAUCUUGAUGACGCACCCGACGAAGGCGAUCUUCAACAUGCUCAUGACCGACUUCGUGAAGCUUCAAAAGAACAACGACUCCGAGGCGCUGUUCACGGAGCAGGACCUGAAGGCCGCGAUCGCCAUGAUCGAGGUCGUGGACUUUCACCAAGAGAUCGUCAUCGACGGCAUGAAGGUGACGCCGUACCGCGCCGGCCACGUCCUCGGCGCGUGCAUGUUCUUCGUCGACAUCGACGGCUUGCGAGUGCUGUACACGGGCGACUACAGCCGCACGCCGGACCGCCACCUCCCAGGCGCGGACCUCCCGUCCGUGCCGCCGCACGUCGUCAUCUCCGAGAGCACGUACGGCGUCUCUCCGCACACGCCGAGGGAGGAGCGCGAGAAGCGAUUCACCGACCGCGUGUAUCAGAUCCUGAACCGCGGCGGGAAGGUCCUUCUCCCCGUCGUCGCGUUGGGACGCGCGCAAGAGCUCCUGCUCAUCUUGGAGGACCACUGGAAGAAACACCCGGAGUUGGCGAACGUGCCCAUCUACCAAGCCUCCGCGCUCGCGCGACGCGCGAUGACGGUGUAUCAGACGUACAUCAACGUCUUGAACAGCGACAUGAAAGCCGCGUUCGAGGAGGCGAACCCGUUCGUGUUCAACCACGUGCAACACCUCUCGCACGCGGGGGGCUUGGACGACGUCGGCCCGUGUGUCGUCCUCGCGACGCCGUCGAUGUUACAGUCCGGUCUGUCCCGAGAGCUGUUCGAGAUGUGGUGCGGCGACGCCAACAACGGGGUCAUCAUCGCGGACUUUGCGGUGCAGGGCACGCUCGCGCGGGAGAUUCUCAGCGACUGCAAGUCGAUCACUUCGAGGAACGGCGGGGAGAUUCCUCUGAAGAUGUCCGUGGACGCCAUCUCCUUCAGCGCGCACGCGGAUUACCCGCAAACGCAGCAGUUCUUAGACGCGCUCGCGCCCCCGCACGUCGUCCUCGUGCACGGCGAAACCGGGGAGAUGGGGAAGCUCAAGCGCGCGCUCGAGGGCAAAGCCGCCGCGGACGGGAAGACGAUGUCCGUGUACUCCCCAAAAAACUGCCAAUCCGUGGAGAUCAAAUACAGCGGGAGCAAGAUCGUGAAAGUCAUGGGCAAGCUCGCGGAGAACCCUCCGAAGAUGGGCGAUCGCGUCCGCGGGCUUCUCGUGAAGAAAGAUUUCGGCCUGAUGCUCCUCGCGCCGGAGGACCUCCCGAACUACACGAAGCUUCGAACGGCGGCGUUGAAACAGAGACAGAUGGUCCCGACGACGGUGCCGCUGACGAACAUUCGCUUCGCGCUCGAGGCUCUGUUCGAGGGGAUCCACACGGUGACGACGCUCACGGCGGCGGAGAUCAAACAGAGACGGAAGGACGAAGGCGAGGAGAGCUCUGAUGGGGAGGACGAGGCGAAGGAGGAGGUGAAGGAGGAAGCCGAGGGCGAGACAGGCGAGGAAGAGGAGGAGACGACGAAAGGAAAGAAAAAGGCACCCGCGAAGAAGAAAGCCGCGCCGAAGAAGAAGGCGGUCGCGAAGAAAGAAGAGCCCGCGGAGGAGGAGAUCGUGAAGCAAGAGAUGGGCGAGGAAUCCACCGCCCCGGUCGAUGCCGAGCCGGAGGGUCUGUCCGUGAACGGGGGCGCGCUCACGAUCAUGAAGCGCCCAGAAGGCGACCGCGGGGUGGAGCACGCGCUCAUCGAAUGGUACUGCGAGCCCCUCACGGACAUGAUCGCGGACGCGGUUCUGUCCGUGAUUUUGCAGCUCGAGGACGAACCGAAAGGGCUCGUGGAAGCGGAGGAGAUGCAUAAGGCCGCGAUUGCGGCGAGGGAUAAGACCGGCGCCGCGGCGGCGAGGUUGCGCAUCGUCGCCGCGAUGAUGGGCGUGCAGUUUGGCGAGCCGGACGUGAACGAGGAGACGCAAACGCUGAAGAUGCGAAUCGACAACGUGAACGCGGAGGUGAAGUACGCGACGAGGGACGUGGAGUGCGACGACCCGGGGGUGAAGGCGAGAGUCGAGGUCGCGCUGGAGCGGAUCGACGUGGCGAUCGCGGACGCGUCGUUCUCGAGGACGCUGCCGUCCGUGUCCGGGUUAUCGGGGAGCCGAGGAGCCGUUUGA